CGGCGGCCCCUGCGGAGCGACUGCGGCCGCGCCUCCCGUCGGGGUAGCCCCGAACGUUACAUGACAUCUCUGUUGCUUGGUGAGUAAUCAGACAUGUAAACAGGACCUCAAGAAUCAAGCUACAUUUAAAGAAGACUUACUUAGAAACACUGGAGAGGACACCAUGGAGUGCAAGACUGAGGGAAAAGAAAAAUACCAACACAGCUUGAAUUUACUGAAUAAAAUUAAGAACAUGAAAGAACUAGCAGAGAUGAUUGAUGUUGUACUCAUCGCAGAAGGGGAGAAAUUCCCUUGCCACAGGCUCGUUCUGGCUGCAUUUAGUCCUUAUUUCAAAGCGAUGUUUACCUGUGGACUACUUGAGUGUACUCAGAGGGAAGUCGUACUUUAUGACAUCACAGCAGAAAGUGUGUCGGUGAUAUUAAAUUAUAUGUACCAUGCGGCUUUGGAGAUCAGUAAUGCCAAUGUACAGACUGUGGCUAUGGCCGCCUAUUUUAUGCAGAUGGAGGAAGUCUUCAGUGUGUGUCAGAAGUAUAUGAUGGACCAUAUGGAUGCCUCGAACUGUGUGGGUAUCUAUCAUUUUGCAAAGCAGAUUGGAGCUGAAGAUUUAGCUGAUCAAUCGAAGAAGUAUUUAUAUCAGCACUUUGCUGAGGUGAGCUUACAUGAAGAGAUACUAGAAAUUGAAGUGCACCAAUUUCUGACGCUUAUUAAAUCAGAUGACCUGAACAUAUCCAGAGAGGAGAGCAUUCUGGACCUAGUUCUGAGAUGGGUAAAUCAUAACCGAGAACUGCGCACAGAGCAUCUUGCGGAACUUCUGAAGCAAGUUAGGUUGCAACUGGUAAAUCCUUCUUCUUUAAGACAAGCCCUGAAAAGGAACACAAUGCUUCUGUGUGAUGCAAAUUGCAUUGACAUCAUUCAAAACGCAUUCAAAGCCAUCAAGACCCCUCAACAGCACUCUCUCAAUCUUCGUUAUGGCAUGGAGACUACCAGUCUUUUGCUGUGCAUUGGCAACAAUUCUUCAGGAAUCAGGUCGAGACGUAGGAACUACGGAGAUGCUAGUUUUUGCUAUGAUCCUGCAUCGCGCAAGACCUAUUUCAUCUCCUCUCCCAAGUAUGGGGAGGGUUUAGGCACUGUGUGUACUGGUGUUGUCAUGGAAAACAACACUAUCAUUGUGGCUGGAGAAGCAAGUGUCUCUAAACUCUCCAGACAAAAGAGCAAGAAUGUUGAAAUCUACAGGUAUCAUGAUAGAGGAAACCAGUUUUGGGAAAAGUUAUGCACAACAGAAUUUCGAGAGCUCUACGCUCUGGGCACCGUCCAUAACGACCUCUAUGUUAUAGGAGGACAGAUGAAAAUUAAAAACCAGUAUCUUAUUACAAACUGUGUUGAUAAGUACUCUGUAGAACGAGACACUUGGAAAAGGGUGUCCCCCCUUCCACUACAGUUGGCGUGUCAUGCUGUAGUAACAGUGAAUAAUAAACUUUACGUGAUUGGAGGCUGGACCCCUCAGAUGGAUCUUCCUGAUGAAGAACCUGAUCGAUUAAGCAACAAGCUGUUGAAGUAUGACCCCAGCCAAGAUCAAUGGACAGAGCAGGCACCCAUGAAGUACUCAAAGUACCGAUUCAGCACAGCUGUGGUCAACAGCGAGAUUUAUGUUCUGGGUGGAAUCGGCUGCACAGGUCGAGACAAGGGUCAGGUUCGGAAGUGCCUUGACGUGGUGGAGAUCUACAACCCGGACGGGGACUUCUGGAGGGAGGGCCCACCCAUGCCCAGCCCCCUGCUCUCACUUCGCACCAAUUCUACCAAUGCAGGAGCCGUGGAUGGGAAGCUGUACGUCUGCGGGGGCUUCCACGGGGCAGAUCGCCACGAAGUUAUCUCCAAAGAGAUAUUGGAGCUGGACCCCUGGGAGAACCAGUGGAAUGUCGUAGCCGUCAACGCCCUCAUGCACGACAGUUAUGAUGUCUGCCUGGUGGCGAGAAAGAAUCCCCGCGACCUCAUCCCCCCGCCUUCAGAGUCAGUGGAGGCGGGUGGGGGGCACUGA